AUGAAUUUUAUGUCGGUAAAUAUUCGAGGUGUGGGAAAUGAGGAUAAGAUUAGAUGGAUUCGAAGGCUGAUUUCUGUUCAUAAGAUCUCGUUUUUAUGCAUUCAAGAGACCCAAUUUUCUGAUAGCUCUAAAAUAAAUUAUCGGUCUAUUUGGAACUCUGAGUUAUAUGAGCGGGAUGUUGUGGAUGCUUCAGGAAGGUCAGGGGGAUUGCUUUGUAUGUGGAAUAAGGAGCGCUUUCAUCACUUAUCUUCGGUUAAAAGCAGAUUGUAUCUAGUGAUUCGGGGGAAAAUCAAAGGGUGCGAUAAAGAUUGGUUUGUGGUAAACGUUCAUGGUCCGCGAAAUCCGUCAUCCAGAAAGGUUAUUUGGCAGGAAUUACUGGCUCUUAAAGAGGCGAAUGCAGGUAUUUGGUUCUUCAUCGGUGAUUUCAAUGCGGUGCGUUGGCCGGAGGAACGUCUAAAUUCGAUGUUUGAUCCGAUUUGUGCGGCAGCUUUCAACGACUUUGUCAAUAAUGCAGAGUUGUUUGAAUUUGCAAUGAAAGGGACAAAGUUCACCUUUUGCAAGAGUAAUAGUAGGAAGAUGAGCAAAAUCGAUCGAUGCUUUGUGAACCAAGAUUUCAUCAAUUGUUGGUCGGACUCCUGUUUCUCUGCUUUGCCUCGAUAUCUUUCCGACCACUCGCCUAUAAUUCUUAUUUCUGAUCCCCUAGAUUAUGGCCCCAUCCCUUUCUGCUUUUUCAAUUCCUGGCUCGACGAACCGGAAUUAGAAACAGUUGUGGCUGUAACUGUCAUGUCAUUUUCUUUUGAUGGUCCUCCGGAUGUGGUUUUAGCGGAAAAACUGAAGAGGUUUAAAGAGGCGAUUAAAAUAUGGGCUAAGGCCAAGAAGGUGAAAGGCAUCGAAAGUUUUGAUGAAACUCUAGCUAAAUUAAAGGAAUUGGAUGAUAUAAUGGAGGAAAGACCUCUUGUUGAAGAGGAAGAAUGGACCAGGAGUGAAUGUUUGAAGGAUUUAGAAAAUAUGGAAUUAAAGAUUACCAAGGACCUGCAUAAAAAAUCCAGGUCCAAGUGGGCUUCUCACGGGGACGAGAACUCGUCUUAUUUCCACAGAAUCAUCAAACAUAGAGCUACAUCUAAUAAAAUUCACGGGUUGUAG